UAUCAAUAAGCCGAAAAAUUAUGUUUAACAAAUAUACAGCUAAAUGCUUCGCUUUCGUUGAGUUAAGUUCAGUUUGAAAUCCCAGUUCGGAGAGGAAAGAACCGAUAUCCGAAAAAUGGAAAAAGCUGUGCAUUUGGUGUUCGUUUUGCAGGCAGUUUGUUUGUGGCUCGCUGCAGCAAAGCUGAAAGCGUCUGAUUAUAGGGCUGGGUCUGAGGGCUAUAAUGCCGCUGCAGACAACAAUCAAUUGCAGGAGGCGGUGGCAAAGACGAAUCCAAGACCCGCAGUGCAAGUAAAAGUGACAAAUGAAGUGGAAAGUGCCCUCAGAAUGAGAACAAUGAUGAUGCGGAUGAGAAAUCGGGGCGGUGAGCGGUGGCAGACGAACUACAACUUUGACACACAAAUGCCACUGAUGUCGUCUGGCCUAAUGAGUCCCAGCCUGCUGCCAAUAUUGGAUGAGCAGUCGGUGCAGGAGAAGAAGCCAGAGCAGCAGGGACAUAACUUGGCCAACGAGCCCAGUUCGGUUGAACAGCAAUUACUCCGCCUGCAGACUGACUACAAAUUGCUGUACAAUGCCGAACAUCACACCUAUUUUCACCUGCACACCCACGUCCCGGAGGACAUCAUCAACCGGCAGACAGGACCAACGAAAUCCGAGAAGGCAUCACCUCAUCGCCGGUUAUUCCAGCAGGUCGUGGGCAACACGCUGACCGCCGCCUUUGGCCUAAAUGUGAUGAACAAGGGCCAGUUGGUGGGCGGUCAAAUGGGGGUCAUCAGCGAACAGGUGAAUCUCUACGAUGCCGCCUCGUUGCGUCGGUCGCGCUUCAAUCCCUUCAAUCCCACACGGAUCCUUAUACACGGAUGGUUGGGCAACGCCAAUGCUAACAUGUACAGUGCCCUAUUACCCGCCUAUUUUGAUCUGAAAAAUGUUAGCUACAACAUUUUCACCGUGGACUGGGGACGUGGAGCCAUCGCUGACUAUAUAACGGCCAGUUACAGGGUCAAGCCGGUGGGUCAGGUUUUGGCCAAAUUUGUGGACUUUCUGCACCAGGAGGCGGGAUUGCGCUUUGAGGAUCUUCAGCUAGUUGGAUUCAGCAUGGGAGCCCAUGUGGCAGGAUUGAUAGGAAAACAUCUGCAAACUGGACGUCUACGGAUGAUCCGAGCUUUGGAUCCGGCACUGCCCUUCUUUCGGUAUGCCAAGCCAAUGGAGCGUUUGACCGCCGAGGAUGCCGACUAUGUGGAGGUGCUGCAUACCAGUGUGGGCAGCUAUGGCUUCGAUCGACCCCUGGGUCAUGUGGAUUUCUAUGCCAAUUGGGGCAGCCAGCAACCAGGUUGUUUUUGGCAUGAAUGCAGCCAUUGGAGGGCCUUUAUGCUGUUUGCCGAAAGUCUCUUAAGGGAUCGCAAUACGGGCUUCUUAGCCCGUGGCUGUCCAGCCGGUGAAUGGCAGCAGUUGACCCGCUUCCAUCGUUGUCCAAUGGAUACUGGAACUAACCAGACCAUGGGCGGUGAUUUGGCCAACGUUUCUAGGGAAUUCUUGGCCCAAAGACAGGGUGUCUAUUAUUUUGAAACAAACGACCAGCCACCCUAUGUUUUAGCACAAAAUGUCAGCUCGGAAAAAGAGGGUGGCACAAAUAAAUAAAGAGAGAAAUGGCUGAGAGAACGUAAUGAGCAAAAUGCAAGUGCAGUUCGCGUUUUUAUUUCUAAUUAGUAAGUGCA